UGUUAUUGUGCAAAAAAGUACAAAUACCACAUUAAAACUAUGUUACUGUGGUGAAUUGUUGGGUCACUCCUCCUUUUUUAAUUGGUAAUGAUGGUAACGACAGUCAAAGGUCAUUUGAUGACAACACACCAGACAAACGAGAUGUUAUGUUAUAUAUAUAUAUUUACUAUUUUAUAAACCUGAAGAGAAGUGCUCACAUUUAUUUACAUAGCAUAGCAAAGUUGUUUUACAGAGAAUAUUGUACACACAUUAAGGUUUUACAUAUAUACAAUAUAUAUUUACAAUAAAAUUGCAAAGACUAAAGUCUCAAACCAAAAGAGAUAUUCUUUAUAAAAGUUAAGACUCGUCCACGCCCCCCUAAAACGGCUCAUUCAAACACGCCCCCCACAUGUCUACGUCACCAUGUGGAAAUAUUUGCGUAAUGCCGCCCAAAUGUUCACGCAAAGAAAGAAGGUGUGGUUUCAGUAACCGCAGUAGUGUUGAAGCAGCCAUGUGUUUGUGUGCGAAAGCAAAAGCACUUUAUUUGGCCUUCAGAAAGUAGAUGCAAUUAGGAAUCAUUGGUUAAGAUUUGUUUACAACACAACAGCACAACCCAAAUGUUCGAAUUUGUGCAACAGUGCGACAGUUUUGUGAACCUAGGAGAGUACAAGGCUGGCUAUGCACGAAGGCUAUUUCUAAAAAAAAAAAAAAAGGGUCAAUUCCGACUUUGCAUUGACAAUCUGGCGCUUCUGAAUCAGCAACUGUAAUUAUGUUUUGUUAUUAGUUCAAGUAUUUGCUACUGAUUGUUCAAAUGUGGAGUUUUGCGCAUAAUGUGUUGUGUGUGUGUGAAGGGAACAGGGUUACAUCACAGCGGAGUGUACAGCCCGUCAGAAAUCGUCUUAACCGCGGCUUGUGUGCAAAUACAUACGAGCAUCAUCACUGUGUCUGUCACGUGACUCUGUUCCCCUUUCCGGCUUGAACUGAUAAAACUUGAAAGCUGAAGCUCGCGAUUAUAGUAAGGGGCGUUAUAUUUCCGGCGCAUGCUUAUGGUAUUCGACCAAUCACAAUGUACUGUGUCAGUUGGCCAAUCAGAGCAGACUGCACUUGUUGGAAAGAGGGGCUUUGUAGAAAAUGAUGCAUUUGAGAGAGGCGGGGCAUAGAGGAACUACAAUAAUGUACAGUAUUUGAAAAAUUAUGUGUUUUUUGAACAUUAAAACAUGUCAACAUAUUCUGUUACACCAAAUAUACAAAAUAAUGAUCUUCAAAAUAGCAUCAUAUGACCCCUUUAAAAACACCUGAUGUAAACCAUGUGUUUCUAUCUAUUAUUUCUAUAGUAAUGCAGUUUGGCCAUUCAAAUGUUUAACUAUUCCAUCAUUAUUGUACGGACACAAUCAAGCCCAGCUUCUAAUAUGCUUCUAAUAAAAAGUUGGCUGUUCAAUCAUCUUUUAUUGGUCGUUUGUAUUCAACAGUGAUAUAAAACUAUAUUACCAUUUGCCAAAAUGUAACCACUUGUUUCAGUUCACAAAAAACACCUGCUGCUACUAUUGUGGGCAUCAGUCAGACAUUAAUAAGACAUGAAUCCAGAUGUUUUGUCAGAUUUGAUCGAUCACCCUGAAACAGUUGAGUUUGUUCUAAUAAAGUGUAAAUGAUGUGACAAUGAAAGAGUAAAGAGGCUCUUAGAAUUGUUCAGUUAAUCAGCUUUCACUGAAGAAUUUGUUAAUCAAAGAUGCAACAGUGUUCAAUACUGUUUAAAUAUUUAAAAGAUACAGAGUUAAUAAUCUGGAUUUAAGACUGACUGAUUAUUUAGUUGUUGUUUUUUUCCCUUAACGUCAAUGCCUUACACUUCGUCCCAGUAGAUGGCGGUAUAUAGCUAUGCACCUUAAACUGAUCCAUUACAGGCCAAAGAAGAAGAAGAACUUGAACGACUGAAUGAAUGAAUGAAAUCGAAAUUAAAUCCGUUUUUUAAAUAUUAUUAUUUUUACUUUGUUAAAAAAAAAAAAAAAAAUGAAGCUCCGAUCUAUUUUAAUCUCAGCGUCCUUGUUUUUACUCGCACACGGUGUUUCCAGUGUUGGGACUGAUGGACUGUCAGCAUUCUUGAUGGAUGGAGAUUCAGUCACUCUACACACUAAUGUUGAGACAAAACAACAAGAAGAUAUAAAAUGGUAUAUUAAUGACACCAGAAUUGCUCAAAUCAGUGGAGAUCUCAGUUUUAUCUGUACAGAUGUUCAGUGUAAUAAAGGUACUGAGAGAUUCGAGGAUAGACUAGAGCUGGACUAUAAAACUGGAACUCUUACAAUCAGAGAUAUCAGAACCACAGACUCUGGACUUUAUGAAUUAAAGAUCAUCAGCAUCAGAAACAGCAGCGAAAAGACCUUCAAUGUUACUGUUCAUGGUGUUCCUGCUGCUGAACGAGAUGAAAUGAAGAGAAAGUCAGUGAAGGAGGGAGAAUCUGUCACUUUAGAUCCUGGUGUAAUAAAAAACCCAAAUGAUUUGAUGACGUGGCAUUUUAAUGACAUUUGCAUCGCUGAAAUCAGUGAAGAACCCAGAAUGAUUUGUACAGAUGUUCAGUGUAAAGAUGGCGAUGAGAGAUUCAGAGACAGACUGAAGCUGGAUCAUCAGACUGGAUCUCUGACCAUCACAAACAUCACAAUCACAGACUCUGGACUUUAUAAAUUACAGAUCAGCAGCAGCAGAUUCAGCAUCACAAGGAGCUUCAGUGUUGCUGUCACUGGUCUGUCUGCAGGUGAAAUAGCAGGAAUAUCUACUGCUGCUGCUGUUGGUGUCCCGCUGCUCAUGGCUGUAUCUGUUUGGGUGAUUUAUUUUUACAAGCGUCAAGUAAAAAGGAAAGACACCAGGAUGCAGUGCAGUGAUCAGGCGAAUGAUGUGAACGAUUUGUCGCCGAGUGGGAUUCCACUGAUGGAUGAUGCUAAUGAGAGGUCCUCUAAUCACACUGAUGCUCAAGUGAAGAACACUAUCAAUGGCUCGUCCUCUAAUCACAUGGAGAUUGAGCCUGAGGCUGCCAGUGAGAUUUAACAUUUAUAAUUAUUUUGAUUCUUUCAUGCGAAGUGAAGAGAGGUUAGAGAACGGAGAGAUCUCUCACUGCUCAGACAAAUAGUCUCAUCAUACCAAGAUUUUUAAGGAGUCAGUGCCAAUAUUGUAACUCUCUUCAUUUUUGGUUCUUUAAAAUGUAUGUUUAAUUCUUAGGGUCAUCCUCUAUAUGCCUUUCACACCUUUCACCACAUGAGAACUGUAAUUGUAAUGGUAAUGAGCAUCAUACAAACACAUCAGUAUUUAUACAACACAUAGUCUUGCAAUACAAGUGAAACAAAUACCUCAUUGGCUGCUUGUCAUGAAAGGAGGUCCUUGAGUUUUAUGAAAAUCCUCUUCACUGGCCUUUUUACUAAACUGAAUUUAAACUUAAGCGUAUUUGAACAUAGCAGAGACUUGUGAUGGAUCUGCUCAUCAUCAAAUCCAUUGAAGUGAUGUAUUCUCACGCCUCAUGUUUUAAAGAACUCCAAAUUAAUUUACAUCACAUUACACCACAUUUACAUUUUUAAAUUGCGCCUAAAAUGUAUUAUACACAAAGUUAUGGAUUUAAUUACAAAAGAAUUAUGAAACAAAUACACAGAACAUCAACAUAACAGCACUUACUCUCCCACCAUUUACUUGAAAUGAGGAAUUUUCCUUUAAACAAAUAUAUUGAAAUAAAAUCAACAACAGUCAAAUUUCAGGUGUACAUGAGAGUAACUGUGUCAUGUGCCUGACUUAAUUGGCCUUGAUUAAAGUAACUACCUUGUAAAUAUGCCUUUCCUAGUAAACUUAUGCAGUGUGUGGCUUUCCUUUAACAAAUGUAGUGUCACUGACUAGUAGCUUCAGCUUUCACUCAGAACCGUUGGUGGUAUUAGGGUAAGUUUCCACUAUCCUGGGACGCUUCCAUUCAUUUCUUUGAGCCCCAUUAUCUUGUAUUAUCACAGUGUCACUUAUUUGUAAAUUUCGCCAUUUCUUGUGUUGUCAGAGAUUUAAUAGAUAUUCACGUUUCCAUCUCUGCCAGAAUUCAUUUGCCAGGAACUGCACUCUUCUCCACCUCUUAAGCAGAUAGAGGUAGUCUUUGCUAAAAAUUUGCAACUGAUUGCUUGAAGAUGUUCUUGAUCCAUCCCCUUGAGCAAGUCAGUAAACUCUUUUCUAGCGCCCAUGAAAUGUGUUCCCUGAUCGCAUCAAAAUUGGUGUACAGGUCCUCUGAUAGCUAUAAACACUUGCAUUCACAAAAGUGUCUGUUAUCAGGUAAUCGAGUGUCUCUAUGUACCACUCUACAGCACAAGCAAGUAAACAGCAAUCCAUAUAAUUUGAAUUCCCUUUUUCCCUCCUUUACAGUGAAGGGGCCAAAACAAUCUAUACCACGGUACGUAAAGGGAGGUGAUUCCUCAGUUCUUUCUUUUGGCAAAUCUGCCAUUCAUUGAACCUUCUGUAUCUUCUACAUUUUACACACUUGCAGAUGUGUGAAGAAAUCACACUUAUACAUCCUAAGAUCCAUAUUCCAUUUGCGCAUAACCCAUUCAUGGCCAUGCCUCUUCCUUGGUCACGCUCAUGAUAAUGCUUGACGAUUGAGACUGACACAUGCGAUUUCUUUGGAAGUUUUGCUUUAUGUCAUGAUGCAAGGUGGAUUGCGGUAGAUAUCCUCCCACCCUGAGGACACCAUUUUUGUCCAAGAAAGCAUUUAUCUGACUUAUCUUGUUGCGCUUGUUCGGGAUGCCAUCUUUUUGGAGUUUGAUCUUUUGAAUAUCUUUAGCAAAGGCCCCUCUCUUCUUGAACAAGUUUGAUGAUGAUGAUGAUUUCUGCUUCCUUCCUUUCUCCAAGACCAGUUGCUUCAUUUGUUCUUGGUUGAACUCUCUUGAAUUCUGACAAACCUCUUUAGCCUGGCAAAAGCCCUCACUACUUGAGACCAGUCAGAAAAUUUUGUGAAGUGGUUUACCAUUGAAUUCGCUUUUUUCAUCUUGAUUGUGUGAAUGUGGGCCUUGCGAAGCUCAGGGUUGGUCAUUUCUAUUUCUCCCACCGUUUUCUCUGCAUGUUGAAAAUCUCUCUGCCACAGAAAGUCAGGCCCUUUCAGCCAGUUUGACUCUUUCAGUUGAACUGCACUAAGCUUUCUAGAGGCAUGGUCGGCAGGGUUGUUUUCCAAACUGACAUGUUGCCACUGUUCAGGGCAUGUACUAGACCUUAUGCGUUGAAUUCAGUUGGCUACAGAUGUGUGAAAUCUCUUGGCAUCGUUGUUCACAUAGCCAAGGACUACUCUAGAGUCAGUCCAGUAAUACACUUGCAAGUUUUCAAUCUCAAGUUCCAAAUUCAUAAAAGUUGGAACAGCCGGGGGAUGAAGCUGCCCCAAAAAGGUGUACCGUCAUUCUGUACACCGAAGGCUUGGAAUCCAGAUUGCCGUCAUCCCACCAGAGAAAUCUCAGACAGUCUUGGUGUUCCCUUGCAACGUGAAAUUGAUUAAACUUUCUUUCAAUGUCCCACAAUAUGGCUAUUGGACCCUUUCUAAAGUGACACAGCACUCCGACCAAUGUGUUGGUCAGGUCUGGACCAGUCAAGAGGUGAUCAUUCAGAGAGGUUUCAUGGAAGUGUGCUGAACAAUCAAAACCACAAGGAUCUUCCCUGGUUUGGGUUGGUGCGGAACCUUGGAACCCUCUCAGCAUCUCCUCGAAUUUUGUCAUUAAUGAAAUGGACACAAUCCACAAAAUACUUCUUAUCUAUUCUCAGUUGCCACUCCAAUGAGGUGAGUCUAUGAUUCUAUGAUUCACCUACGAGUCACAUUGUUUGUUAUCUCGGAAACUAGGUUUGUCUGACUUGAAACAAAGUGGGAGUUAAAAGUGGCCAUCUUCCUUUUUGCCUUAUACCUUCCCUUGGACAUAAAGAGAAUGUCCUUCUGAGAAACUGGAUUAUCAUCUGCACUGUGUUCUAUGAAGUCUAAUUCAAGUGCCUUAAUGAUGUCUGUAGAAAUUACUUCCUUAAGAGUCCGGCAAACAAAGUGCACUGCCUUCUUUAUUUCAAACGAUGACUUCACUGCAGGCACCACUUGUCUGUAUCCACUUGUUGUAUCCUCUCGAUUGUAGAUUUGCCAGUUUCUGACAAGGUACGACUGUUACUCUUGCCGACAUUGUGGAUAGCUGCAGAUGGACAUUCUCAUUGUUAGUAUUUAACUCUUGAACUACUUAAUCUAGGACAGGGUUCCUCAAAUCUUACCCUGGAGGUCCAAUCCACUGCAGAGUUUAGCUCCAACCCUGAUCAAACUCACCUGUCUGUGAUUUUCUAAUGAUCCUGAAGACAUUGAUUAGCAUGUUCAGGUGUGUUUGAUUAGGGUUACAGCUAAACUCUGCAGGAAAGUGGAUCUCGAGGUCCAGAUUUGAGGAGCCCUGAUCUAGGAUAAAGGUUGUGUCACUCUGUGUUGUCUAAGAGUGCAUAGACAAGGACUUCUUGAUCUGGCUGUUUGAUACUUUGAAACUUCUUUGAACUUUUCAUCAUGCAAAAAUGUAGGAUGUUUCUUCUGACACUUUUCACAUAUGCUCUUAUUAUCACACCUUCUUGAAUGAUGACCAGUCUGCAAACAUCCAAAUCAAAGUUGCUCUGAACAUAAAAACUUGACACGAUCUUGAACUGUCUUCUCAAUGAACUUUCUACUCUUGGCUAAGACAUGUUCUAGUCUUUUACAAAAGGUGCAUGAUGAGAUGGUUCUCUGUGACCCGUUUGUGUACAUGUGUUUUUACUUGAAUGGUUUGGUUUCCUGCUCUCCACAAUACUAAGAGCCUGUACUGAAGAUAUAGGAUCGCAAGCAAGCGAGAGCUACUUCCUUUGAUAGAAAGUCUACAAACUCUUUGAAUUGUUGUGUAUUUGUUUCAUAACCAAUUAUUUUGUAAUUAAUUACCCACAUCUAUAACAGCACUUACAAAUACCAAGUGAAAUUUCACCUCAACAGUUGUUUGAACACUAUAGCAAGAACUAAUUUGAUAUUUAAUAUGACUCAUUUAAAUAAUAAAUGAAAGCAUGUGGCCUACAUAUUAAGUUGUAUAAACUUUAGGGUUUUUGACCUGUUUUUGUAUGUAGAAGUUUGCUGAAGCUGCUAAAGUGACUCACACAGGAACAGGAGGUUUUUGUUUCUUUUCAUUUACACUAAUAGUGUUGUCAAAAAAAAGGUAUUUCGAUACAUAUCUAUACUAAACUACUUGAAUCGAAAUUAUAUUGCAAUUCUGCGGUAUACUGGUACCAACCGUGAGUUCACUCACACCGCAAUGUUUACAUUCACAUUAUCCACUCUUUUCAGUGACUCUGUGCAGCUCGGUUCACAGUGGACGCUGCACAUUUUUAUCUUGUCAGUUAAAACAUUCAAGUCCUUGCGCUUAAACGGAUAAAUGUCAGUUAUGUGAAAAUACCUGCCUUGGUGUGAAUAUCAUCGUAAACAGUCACCAUGUCUUAAAGGAACAUAAACAGCAGAGGAAAUCCUCAUUAUUAGAUCCAUUUGGUGUUAAAGUGAUGUCAUUAAUGUUAUUCAAACAACAAGAGAGAGAGAGAGGGAGGGAGAGAGAAAAAAAAUCACUGUUAGACCUUACUGAAUAAUUUGAAUUUUUUUUGUUCUGUUGUAUUUAUUGUGCCAUUGGUUGUAAGUGGUUUGUGGUUAAUUCCAAUAUUGUGACAAGAACUACACUGUAUAAAUGCCUUGACUUAGCAGUUAUUUUGUCCUGUUUAGAGGCAUUCACUUAUAGCUGCUGACUGUUUACAUUUUUAUGUCACGCAGAUUAGAGCAUUUACACAAAUGCGCACGCUUAAGACCGCUUUGAGACUAAACAACAGGGCCCGUAUUCAUGAAAAAUCUUAGUGCUAAGAGCUGCUCCUAGUAACAAUAUUCUAAGAAAAUUCUUAGAAAUGUGGGUGUUUCCUCUUAAAAUUAAAAAAAAAGAUCUUAGUAAAGAAAAAAGUAAUUCAGAAAGCAUCUUAACCCUUAAAAGAGGUUUUAAGGUCCAAAAUUGUUAGGAGUACGGACGAGGACUUUUAAGAGGCUUAAGAGUUUCUUUAGCAGCGGAGAAAAUGGACGAAACAUGAAGAG